UCCCUAAAAGCGAGUCGUUGUGCGCCCUAAUCGUGCCUCCACUCGACGCUGUCCGCCGCCGUCGAUUGCGUGGAGCCGGCCGCCGGCCUACCACCGCCCUCGAGUCGGAGAAGCAGGAGCCGCUUCUGCCUCCGCCAGUCGCCGUAUACACCGUCAUCCUCCACCUCGCUCUUGUCGCCGACAACUCGAACGAAGGACCAUUGUGAAAAUGAAGAGAGCCGCCCCAUGGGAAAAAUCCUUGGUUAUAUCUUCUGAUGAUUCGUCAGACUCGGAUUCUGAAGAUGAUGGACUGGCUACAAAAAUGUCUAGAAAAAAUGUAGGUCCUCAAUCAUCCAAAGAUCACACAUCGGAAGCACUUGACUCCAAAAAGAAGAAGCAUGGUGGGAUGAACUUCGACGCUCUAAGCAAGCAUGGGUACCAUGGUGGACCCUCUGUUCUGAAGGUGCCUCCUCCAAGGGUCGAGGACAAAGAGCAAGACUGGUCCUGGUCAACUGGCAAAGGGGCUAAUGCAUCUAAAAACAUCACAGAGGAGUCAUUUGAAGAGCGUGAGCGCACUAGAGAUGCUGUGGCUCAAGGUGAGAAGCUCUCGAGUGUGAGGAACAACCUAGAGGCAAGCAGGAAGGAAAAAAACUUAUCCUUCUCACAGAAAGAGAAGCACAAGAGGGAUCUUGGUCAGGCCAGCAGGGGGAAGAACUAUGUUGAAGAGGAGAAGAGGCUAUUGCGUGAGAGUGGCAUCUAUUCGGGUUUUGAUUCAUGAUUACGAGACAUCUUCCUUUCUGCAAAAUCCCAGCAUUCUCACAAGACAAGCUCUGGGACAUGUUUCUUGUAAUUAUGCAUCUGUUCCCCUACGUUAGUUGACCAGUUGUGCUUUUGCCUAGACAUAUCUGGAUUUCUCUUGGUUAAGCACAUAAGAUUUACCUGUUACCUUGUGCAUGAAUCAUGUAAUGGAAAUCUCAUUCAUAUACCAGAAUCAGAAUGAUUCAUCUGGAAGGUUGAAUGCACAACUCAGUGCUCAUCCUUUGAUGAAUGAAUUGUGUGGAACAGCCUGACCAACAAUUUUGAAUGAGAUUGAGUUAUAGCCUAA